CGAAGAUGGUGGAAGUUUCUUCUUCCUUGAAGUGAAACCCCGACAGAAACCCAAACAUCCUGCAGACCCACGGGACGGGACUUUACCGCAACGACACCACUUUGGUUAAACAGCCUGCCGUCGGAUUCGGGCCUUCAGACCAGCCCUAUGUCAUGGCCAGUGGAGUCGCCAAGUCGGGGACUUCCAAUGGUUACCCUAUGAAGGCACAGCUACAGGUCAUUGUGCUAUCAGCAAAACUGAAAGAGAACAAGAAGAACUGGUUUGGUCCCAGUCCUUAUGUGGAAGUGAUGGUCGACGGCCAGUCCAAAAAGACAGAGAAGUGCACCAAUACCCACAGUCCCAAAUGGAAGCAGCCACUUACUGUGAUUGUGACUCCAUUCAGCAACCUUGUGUUUCGCGUAUGGAGCCAUCAGACCCUGAAGUCGGACGUGUUGCUCGGCACAGCCACAUUAAAUGUCAGCGACACACUCAAGUCAAACGAUAUGAAAAUCUCUGAGGUGGUGCAGACGUUGCAGCUGUGUGCAGACAGAGACCAGUCAGACAUGGUGGGGGACCUGUCCGUCUGUCUGGACGGCAUGACUGUCGACCCGGAGAUGUUUGCCUCAGCGGAGGCCGACCAUCACAGUACAUCAAAUGGAGAAUCGCAGCCUAAUGGGGAUCAUGUCAUUAGGCGGAGUCGAGACAACUCUCCUGCUGUGGAUGGUGUCGAGCAUAGGUCUUCACCCGGUGGUCGGAGGUUGACGAACAACACAGGGUCUCCCUCAAUUUCAUCAGGGAGCUCACGGCCGCUGAGACCACCAAGACCCUCCAGACCUCCUCCCCCAACCCCACGAAGACCCACAUCUUCACCAGCAUCAUCCACCAACGGCUCUGCACCAGCUGAAGGCAGUAACGGUCACUCAGGCUCUGACACGCCGGUACGAACCGCUGCCUCCGGAGCCUCUACAGCCCCUGAUUCCAGUCCAUCAGCGGGGCCAGAUCGGAACUCCCCAGCAGCCUCUGGAUGUGGAGCCACAGCAACCAGACAACCAACCAGCAGUGUCACACCUGCUGUGAACCCCCGAGUCCCCUCAGUCAACGCCGGACCACUGCCGCCCGGUUGGGAGCAAAGGGUGGACCUGAAUGGCAGGGUGUAUUUUGUUGAUCAUGUGGAGAAGAGAACAACGUGGGAACGCCCUGAACCACUUCCCCCGGGCUGGGAGCGUCGAGUCGACCCAAUGGGCCGAGUCUACUUUGUUGACCACAUGUCGCGAACCACUACAUGGCAGCGUCCCACGAUGGAGACAAUGCGCAACUAUGAACAGUGGCAGCACCAGCGCAGUCAGCUGCAGGGUGCCAUGCAACAGUUCAACCAAAGGUUCAUAAUCGGGGCACAAGACCAGGUGACAGCUGCUCAGAAUAAGGAGUUUGAUCCACUCGGGCCUCUGCCACUCGGAUGGGAGAAGAGAACUGACAGCAAUGGCAGAGUUUAUUUUGUGCAUCAUCCUACGCGGUCAACGCAGUGGGAGGAUCCACGGACACAGGGGUUACUGAAUGAGAAGCCACUCCCAGAGGGCUGGGAGAUGAGGUUCACCGUGGACGGGAUUCCGUACUUUGUUGACCACAACAGGAGAACCACCACCUACAUCGACCCUCGAACUGGAAAAUCAUCCCUUGAAAAUGGACCUCAGAUCACCUACGUUCGAGACUUUAAAGCCAAAGUGCAGUACUUCAGAUUCUGGUGCCAGCAACUGUCAAUGUCUCAACACAUCAAGAUCACUGUGAACAGAAAAACCCUGUUCGAGGACUCCUUCCAGCAGAUAAUGAGCUUUAAUGCUCAGGAUCUGCGAAGGAGACUAUGGAUCAUCUUCCCUGGAGAAGAAGGCCUUGACUACGGAGGUGUAGCCAGAGAGUGGUUCUUCCUGUUGUCCCAUGAGGUUCUGAAUCCCAUGUACUGCCUGUUCGAAUACGCUGGUAAAGAUAACUACUGUCUCCAGAUCAACCCCGCAUCCUACAUCAACCCCGACCACCUUAAGUAUUUCAAGUUCAUUGGCCGCUUCAUAGCCAUGGCUCUUUUCCACGGGAAGUUCAUCGACACAGGUUUCUCGUUACCGUUUUAUAAGAGAAUCCUGAACAAGCCGCUGGCCCUCAAAGACCUGGAAUCAAUAGAUCCUGAGUUCUACAACUCUCUCAUGUGGAUCAAGGAUAAUGACAUCGAGGAGUGUGGGCUGGAGAUGUUCUUUUCUGUUGACAAGGAGAUCCUGGGUGAGAUCACCACUCAUGAGCUGAAACCUGGAGGAGGAGACAUCCAGGUCACUGAGGAGAACAAGGAGGAGUACAUCCGGUUGGUGGCAGAGUGGAGGUUGUCCCGAGGUGUAGAGGAGCAGACUCAGGCUUUCUUUGAAGGGUUCAAUGAAGUCCUGCCUCAGCAGUACUUGCAGUACUUCGAUGCCAAAGAACUCGAAGUGAUGCUGUGUGGUAUGCAGGAGAUUGACCUCGGAGACUGGCAACGAAACACUAUUUACCGACAUUAUGCUCGCAGCAGCAAACAGAUCGUCUGGUUCUGGCAGUUCAUAAAGGAGAUGGACAAUGAGAAGAGGAUGAGGCUGCUGCAGUUUGUCACCGGCACAUGUCGACUGCCUGUAGGAGGCUUCGCUGACCUCAUGGGAAGCAACGGGCCCCAGAAGUUCUGUAUUGAAAAGGUGGGGAAAGAAAACUGGCUUCCCAGAAGUCACACAUGUUUCAACAGACUGGACCUGCCUCCCUACAAGAGUUACGAGCAGCUGAAGGAGAAGCUUAUGUUUGCCAUCGAGGAGACGGAAGGCUUCGGCCAGGAGUGAGGAAGAGGAGGAGGAAGAGGGAUCGGUGGUGUUGAAAUCAGGGAGCCUCUUCAGAAAAUAAAGGGGUUGAGUGUGUUUGUGCGCAUGCAUGCACGCGCCUAUAUGGUACUGAAACCUGUGUGUGUGGAUGGUCAAACGCAGGCCGGUGCAGUCGCAGUUUAAGAACCAGGACCGACCGACCCUCAUCGGGCCUCUCUGUGCCUGAUCCUACCUGAUUAGAAGUUUAUCUUUAAAACCAAAAACACAGACGCUGCUCCUGACUCUCUAAAUGUGCACCAAAAUAUGCAUGAGAUCCUGAACCCCCCCCCCCCCCCCCCCCAAACCCCGUGACAUCUGUUCCGGGACUGCAGUGGGUUUGUUUCCAGCCCUGCAUUAAAUAACAUGUAAGUAUUCAAUUAAAGUUAAGAGGGUGUGCUUGUCUGAAAACAGGGUGACAUCUCGCCAACUAAUUACCUUUAUUUUUCUAAGAUUUUCAAAGUAGAAUUAAGCCUCAUCCAGUUCAUUAUUUGUUGUCAUAUCCUUUAUUCUCUCCUUCGAUCACUUCUCGUGACUUAAGUGGGAACUUUUCUUAACACAGGAAGAGAUUAAAGCUUUGACUUCGUCCAUUUAACACUGACAUUAACAGACAAUCUAAGGUGCUUCACAUGUUUUUGGGAGACGUACGGUGGAAGGUAUAAGGGAGAAACAGUUCUGUGUUCCUGGUUGGAUAGUAUUUGAUCUGUGAAUCUUUUAAUAAUUGUGAAAAGUGUUGUAACCUCCAUUAUUUAUAGUGGGAGAAGACACAGAAGGCUUCACUGGAAUUUAAAGCCAACCCUAGUUUUAUAGGGUUGGAGUGUGUGCGCUGUUGGUUCACAGUAUUCUGGGAGAUGUGUUAAAUUAUUCAGAUUAAUAUCGGCUUCAGAUUAGAGUUAAUGCUUUUAACUGAUGGGGUGGUCUUUGCUUGAAAACUCAAAUAUGGAGAAGUGUAGCUACAAGGAUCCUGAGGAAAUCCAAGGGUCUGUAAAGUAUUUAAAGAUGGUGUUCAGUGUUUCCUAAUGUCAGAGGAGAAAAUUCUCCAAACACAAGUAAAAAAUGCCAAAUGCCAGUCAAA